AUGCCUGUACGUAAUUGCUGUUUGGGUUGUCAGGGGCCUAUGUCUGGCCCAUGCGGUCCCCUGGCCUAUAGAAUGGAUUGCUGCGGUCAAGUUGGUCCCUGUUGCGUGCACGCGAGAGGUGCUUAUUGUUCAGCAUCGUGUUGGCAGUGCGGAGAUAUGCACGGCUACCGUGGAGGAGUAGCCGGCUCGUACUACAGCUGUGGGCACGGCUGUAUCGGAGGCUGCACUGGAGGGCUCUGCGCUUCUUGCUGUGGUCCAUGGUGCGCAUAAAUAAUGUAACGCAAAAGAAAUGUGAAUCGAG